UGUCACGGCCCCCACCAUGAGCCCUACACUUGGGCAAUUGGCGGGCGAGACACUCAGAGAGAGGAUAUCUGGAGAGCAGGAGACUCAAAUUGGAACUCGGAACUUCCCUCUCUCAAGGAUCAGUCAGUUGGUUAGGGGUGCACGCACAAUACAGUCGUCUUGCCUGCUGCCUGUUGAGGAUUCGGUGCAUCUUCCUUGGUGAGCUUGUGUGUGU